UAAUUGAACUGAACUGAAUUUUGUCUCCAACAUGCCUGGACGGGAAGAGGAAUUUGUUUAUCUCGUGUCCAGCUGGUUUAUUUGUCUGUUGUCUGCUAAGCACCAUUUCUCACUUCCGGCUCCACAUCAGGAGUUUUCCCUUCGCAGCUUCGCCGUAACUUUUCCCGCUUUACAAAGUGUGACUGAAGUCUGGUGAAAGCGAGUUUUAAACUUUGAUCUGCAGAGAAAUGCCGCAGCAUAAAUAAAUGUGUUUCCAGAGAGAAUGAAAAGUCUGAGCUGCAAACCUGAAUAAAAUGUUUCUCACACUGAGAUGCUGGAAACGUGACAUGUGAGCAGCGGACAGUCUGGGGAACACACUUCCUCAUAACACUGGCCCAGCAUCAAACUGAAGAACUUUACUCCGCUGAGCGUGUCGCACCUUUGGAACUGAGAUAAUAUUUAACAGCGACGCGCGCUCAUAACUUAGUUCUCCGCGCGUGCAGAGCUGGACCGGUGAAGUUGUGUUAAACACUUCAGCUUCUGGGUUUUAAACAGAAAUCAUGGUUUCCAUCGCCAAGGUGGUCCUCGGGGUCUUUGGGGUUACGGUGGUCGUCAUCUUGAUAGUGGUGCCUACGGUUAUAUUUCUAAGGGAGAAGGAGGAGGCCAGCAGGAGAACUUUCACCUUGCAGGAUGUCUUCAACAGUUCACUGAAACCAAAGUCCUACAACAUGAGGUGGAUCUCAGAUCAUGAAUAUCUGCAUAAAUCCAAGGGCUCUGUCUUCCUCUACGACGUGACCAGAGAUGAAGUCACUGAAUUCUUGAGCAGUGAGAAGUUUGAUGAGAUAGGAGCUCAUGAUUACCAGCUGUCGGCUGACCACAAGUAUGUUGCAUUCAUGAGCAACUACAGCAAGCUGUGGAGACAUUCAUUCACAGCCUCAUAUUCACUGUAUGACCAGACGUUGGACACGUUUAUCAGUCCUUCUGACAUUCCUGAUGAAGUCCAGUACUUCUCCUGGGCCCCCGAGGGGAGCAAACUGGCCUUUGUAUGGGGGAAUAAUGUGUAUAUAAAAACCAGCCCACAAGCGCCUUCACAGCAGGUUACUUCUAGUGGAGACACCAAUCAGAUCUUUAAUGGGAUCCCUGACUGGGUGUAUGAAGAGGAGAUGUUUUCAUCCAAUCAGGGCCUCUGGUGGUCACCUGGAGGGAAGUACGUGGCCUACGCUGAGUUCAAUGACACUGAGGUGCACAAUAUAGAGUACACCUGGUAUGGCGAGCACCAGUACCCCAGCACUGUGUUCAUUCCUUAUCCUAAGGCAGGUACUCCCAACCCGGUAGUGAAGCUCUUUGUUGUGGACACUGAAAACACAACAAAAGUGACGGAAGUUGUUGUUCCAGCCUCAUUCAGCUCAGUUGAGCACUACCUGGCAACCGUUACCUGGGUGACCGACAAUCAGCUGGCUGUCCAAUGGCUAAAGCGAGUACAAAACCACCUCAUUCUCCAGAUCUACAACUUCAGUGGAUCUGCUUGGGAGCCUGCUGAGCAUCUGGAGAUAAAAAGCAGCGGCUGGGUUGGACGGUUCUCUCCACCAAAACCAGUAUUUGCUGCGGAUAAAAACAGCUACUACCUCCUUAUGAGCGACAGCAACAAGUACAAGCACAUCCAUCGUGUGGUUCAAGGAGUGGCCACGGCCAUCACCUCGGGGAGCUGGGAAGUCAUUGACAUCCUGAAAGUCACUGCAGACAGCGUUUAUUAUUCAAGCAAUGAAAAGGACGGCAAGCCAGGAGGAAGGAAUGUUUACCGGUGGAAAAACGGAGCAACGACGUGUCUAACUUGUUCUUUUCAUGAUCACUGUGAAUAUAACUCGGCUUAUUUCAGCCACGCUGCGUCCUACUACCUCCUCAGCUGCAGUGGUCCUGGCAUUCCUUUCUAUUCUCUCACGGACGCCAGGGACAAUAAACAGAUCAAAGUUUUGGAGGAGAACUCUGCAUUUAGACAUGAGAUAUCUGAAAUUUCAAUGCCCACCAUGCGUCAAGAAACCAUCAAACUCGGCAAAUACAACCUGUGGUAUCAGAUGUUUUUGCCUCCAGGAUUUGAUGAAUCCAAAAAGUAUCCUGUACUGAUCGAUGUAUAUGCAGGUCCCUGCAGCCAGAAAGUGGACUUCAGAUACCGGGUGAGCUGGUCCACUUACCUGGCCAGCACUGAGGACAUCAUCGUCGCAAGCUUUGACGGCAGAGGAAGCGGUUACCAGGGCGACGAGCUAAUGCAUGAAAUCUACAAACGUCUGGGAACCUAUGAGGUGGAAGAUCAGAUAACAGCAGCCAGGGAAUUCAUCAAAAUGGGUUUCAUUGACAAAGACAGGGUUGCUAUUUGGGGAUGGUCUUACGGGGGCUACGUCACCUCCAUGGUCCUCGGUUCUGGCAGCGGCGUCUUCAAAUGUGGGAUGGCUGUCGCUCCGGUGUCCAAAUGGGAAUUUUAUGAUUCGAUCUACACGGAGCGCUACAUGAUGCAGCCGUCGGAGAAUCCCGAUGCCUAUGCUAAUACGACAGUGAUGGCCCGGGCCAAGAACUUCCACUCAGUGCAGUAUCUCCUGGUUCAUGGAACAGCUGAUGACAACGUUCAUUUCCAGCAGGCGGCCGAGAUCUCAGAAGCUUUGGUGAAGGAGCAGGUGGACUUUGAAGCCAUGUGGUACACGGACAAGGAUCACGGGCUCGAUGGCUCGGCCAAUCAGCACGUCUACACCCACAUGAGCCACUUCCUGCAGAGGUGCUUUGCAUAAAGUUCACCAGUUUUUCUUUUAUGUAAACAAAAGAUUGUUGUUAGUCUAAAUAUCCUCAUUUUGGGUGAAGAGCUUAAUGAAAACAAGCCAAAAUAUCACGUUGGUGCCUGUAAAAUUGUAUCAGAAAAAAUUAGGAAAUUGUAACUGAAAUGUUUUAACAAAAUCUACAUUAAAAUAGCAUUUAGUUUAUCUAGUUUGAAAAUUUCAUGUUUAAAUAUGUCUUAACCUGAGGAAAAAUGUAUGUAUGGACACGUAAAAGAUGAAAACAUAUGUGACAAAAAUUACAUUUUUUAAAAAUUAAAAUGUUUACUGUUUGCUGUAUACAUGUUUAUUAUGUCAUCAGUAAUUAAAUAAUACAAACUUU